AUGAACACUAUCAUUGUCAUUCCCUACGCUUGGUACAUCGACUGCCUCUGCCACCUUACAGGAUACAUCAUGAGUGCAAACGACGAACUUGAUUUUACAAGCGAUGACGGGAGGAAUGAAUGGUGCCACAGAUCCCAACGCUCCCGACCCCAUUGGAGCCGGCCCCGGAUUGUCUCUGUCUGGCCUGGCACGCCAGCAGCAAUAGCCGCGGGCAAAUUCAAGGCUCAAGCAGAGAAGAUUCGAAGCAAGAGCAGCCCAUCUCCGGCAGAAUUCGAGCAUCGAUGGUCUGACGCCAGGUGGAUUGCCGUCGCGCGUUUCGAACACGUCUUACACGUCGGCGGUACAAGCGCAGUCGACGGCUCCGCGCCGAGUUCCGCGUGCGCCGUCGCAAGCGGCAGGCCGACGAGAAGUCCGGCGAGGCUUUGA